AUCAGCUCGACAGUCAAAAUCUUGCUGUCUGGCUCAAGUCACGUUCCGUAUUUGCUGGGCCGUUUGCCUUCUCUACUGUUAUAAGUUCACUUAAUUACGAGCUUGUCAUGUCCCCUACCCUGGGACACCCAGUUUUCCAUAUUAGUCACCUUCGACUCAAACACAGAAUUCCGGAGGAACACAUUUUUAUUAUUUAUUUUCAGAUUUUGAUGAAGCAGUAUAUCGACGGCUCUUUGAAAGCUGAAGCUACGGAAAUUGUGGGUCAUCGGAAAGUGGCCACAAGAAAUGAAUCAAAAUUCCCCGGGUCAUUUUCAAUUUCGAAGAUCGCUGCGGCUCCGCUGGCCCCACAAAUACUGCCCGCGCCGAUCUGGCGCUGAAGCGCUCGCCCUAAUUAUGGCCCUACAUCUCGUGGCUCCAGCCGGCCUGGCCCUGAACGCUCGCGCCAUUAAUCCUGGCUCCAUACGUUCGAUCUAAACAUACAAC